AGCUCCGACUUCUGAAGUUCUGCCGGAAUCAAAGCUGACCAACCAACUUGCAAGUACCGUAGGUACUCGAUAAGAAGCUCAUCUCUUCUGAUUGUCUGAUGACGGCUCCUCAAGGGCUGAUGCUUCGGGCAUUUCCCCUGCUAGCUGGCAAGGGAGAUAUUGCUAGGAAAAGGCUGCAAUACUUUGGAAAUUGGUGAUUAUCCCAAAGAACUUUCAGCUAAGGGUUUUUCCGACAUCAGGCAGCAAUGGCUCACAUUCAGGCGCAAAUCCGAGAGAAUAGCAUGGAGCUGCAAGACUAUCUAAGGGAGCUCCGAGACUGGGAGGUCAAAGCGAAGGCUAAGGAUCAGAUGCUACGGGACGGAGGCGCUGCAGCGCCCCCGUCAGAAGUUCCACCCAUCAGGGGGCAGCCAGUGAAGAGGCCAGAAUCAGGGCAACAGAAAGCCAUGUCUGAGGCCACUGAUUCGAGGAAGCAUGACGAGAACCCAAAGAAGGGGAAGAAUGCAGCCAGCCACACAUAUGACUACUUCCGAGACAAGUGGGACAAGUUCGACGUGGACAAGGCCCUUGCUGAGGCAGAAGACGAGUCACCUCGUGCAAUAAAGCCUGCGGAAGCCCCUCCUGCCAAACCCCCAUCAAAUACACCCUCCGUCCAAAGCCCCGCGGCCAUCCCAGCACCCAAAACGGCCAAGCCUACAAGCUCUUCCAAGUUUGCGUUUCCUAACGGCGACGGAAGUAGUCGCCCUGCUCCGCAAAAAGCAUCGGCGGACGAAUGGACGCCCAACAAGGCGCCUGAUGCGACAUCCGAGAAAGAAGAGGGUAACCGUCUGUUCAAAGCGGGCCGUUUUUGGGAAGCCUUUGAGUGCUAUAGCCGCAGCCUCGCUCUCAGCCCCACUUCCGUCGCUCAUGCCAAUCGCGCGAUGGCCGCACUUAAACUUGAGAUGUUUCGAGAGGCUGAGACGGACUGCACGGCAGCGAUCGAUCUGGACGAUCACUAUGUGAAGGCGUACUCACGGCGGGGGCGGGCGCGUUCGCACCUUGAGAAGUGGCUAGAGGCGGCAGACGAUUUCGAGUUCGCCUUGCGUCUGGAGCCCCACAACAAGGAGCUCCUUCAAGAGUACUCCGCAGCCCGGAUUGCCUGCCAGCGGGAGGCCAAGCUCCCUAACCCCUCCACCGCCGUUAAUCUCCCAGUCAAACCCGCCCAGGAAGCUGCCUCAGUGCCCCUAUCAAAGCCGUCUCUCGCUGACAGGAUCCAGUCGAAAGAGUUCAAUGGUAAAUCGGACGGGUUGAGGAUGGACUUCCUUAGAACAGUCAGCGACGAAUCGAAGCUUGAAGUUGGUUCAAAGUCGGUAGUCGAAGAAGUUCCGUUAGCUUCGGAGGCGGCCGUAAAACGCGCUCAACAGGUGGAGAAGAACGAGGUUGACAGAGCGAUCCAGGUGAUUGAGCCAUCUAGCAGCGAGAGGAAGACUCCGACCAGUUCUGGAGAGCGAAACGAACCGUCAGUAGGAAAAACCGCCGACUCUCGAGCAGAAUCGGAUGUCCAUGCCAACGAAACCGGGAGGUCUGCUCAGACGGAAAGCAGCGCAUCUUUGAACGAUGCGUUAGCAACCAGGAAAGGGAGGCCGCUGGAGCUGCCAGGAGGACACGUGGCAGACGGGGAAGCAAACAGCCCUUUAUCCUCCAGUCCUUAUCCAAAAUUAGAAGAGUCGAGAAAGAGCCCAAGACGGACUGUGCUGGCGAACGGUUCGCUUGCAGCGGCAAAUGCGGCGGCAGAGCGGCUGCAGCGCACACUGGCGGAGAACGUGGCAACGCCACGGACGUCCUAUGAGUUCGAGACGCAGUGGAAGGGGUUCAAGGACGACUCAGCGGCGAAAGCAAAGCUUCUCAAGACGCUGGUCCCCUUUCAGCUGGCGCCUUUCUUCAAGGAGUCCCUGCAGGCCCCCUUGCUUUGCGACAUGCUCCGGGUUGUUGCCCGAGAGCUUCUACCGGGGGACGCCGCCUUUGCUGCAGACCUGCUGGAAGGACUCUCUACUGUGCCCCGGUUUGCGAUGACGGUCAUGCUCAUCUCCGGAAAAGACAAGCAGAGUCUUCGCGAGCUGUGGGACUCAGCGGCCACAGAUGCAUCAAUACCUGAGUCGAUACGAACUCGCGUUGCGUCUUGUCGCACCAAGUAUCGAAUGUGAUCGGAGCAAAGAGGACCACCAUAAGCUUAUUUAAUCAGGGGCAGGGUCGAACUUCAGCCCGAUGGUACUCUUGCACACACAGGCUCUCUUCUCCUGCGUCGCAAUGACCCCCACGAAGUGGGCGGUUGACCCUGUUGUCGUCGUGAACUCGACUUGCACAAUUCGCACUUCAAACCGCUAGCUAGUGCUUGGAAGGCAUGAUGCGGCUGCACUGGCUGCGAACCCUUCUGUCGUAUACGUUCAACUUGCGGUAUGCUCCGCUUGCGUGCCAGUGAUCAGUAGCUGUACUAACCUAAUUGCAGUUGUCUAUGAGUCCCUGUGGCGGCUGAGCUGUAUAUGCUGGGCCAG